AUGCUCUGGCGACAAUCCCUCCGAAGAACAAGGCCCUGUCUCGUUCGGCCAUCGACAACUCCACUCGCUAUCGCGCUACCGAUCUACGGCCCACCGCUAGGAGCUGUACGGCCCGCUGCUGUGGAACCAACUACAACUCUGAAUCCGGUCGCUGAAUCCUAUACACAGUCGGAUAGGCAUUUGGACGAGCUUCUACGAGCUAUACGAUGUAAAGAACCCGAAAAUGUCUUCCCAGCAUUUCACGCAUGGGUCAUGUUGUUGGCCAACAAUGACUCGGCCGCUCAUCAACAGAUGCGCACAAUCCCCGUGAACGUCCUUUCUGCGGUUAUCCGAGCGCUAGAUCCCAUUCGAAAUCCACAAAUUGAUAUUGCUCAUGGUCUCAACAUUUCUCUCGGUCAGAUUCAGUUCACCAAUGCUUGUCAUCUAGUAGACGAAUUCGGUGUGCGCCGUCAUCAUGUCUUUGUCCUCGAGGCCAUGAAGCUCCUGCUAAAAGCUCGUCGCGAUGCAGGACGUGAGCUUGUUCUGGCUGACUACGAAGUGUUUCUUCGCUGUGCUGGUGCUGCUAGCGAUAUCGCGGCUGCCGUCUUCUUUUUUGGUGCCAUCAGGGAACAUGGUUUAGCUCCCAAGCGCACAACGACAACUUGGACCGAGUUUCUCAAGGCUCGCUACCAGAUGAACCCCGCAUAUUACCAGUUCGAUCGCCAGCGAGUUCUUCUAAAAGCUCGCGAUUCAUACAGAGUCACUUUCAGGACAAGUCUAAGAAACGUCAGGCGCGUCGAGUCUCUACGACACAGUAUGAAUGCCCUCAAAGAACUUCCCUUCAACCGCCAAAAGCACCGGUUGUGGGCAGAUAACUUCUUGUGGCAGAGACAGAAGAUGGGUUUCCAAAGCUAUUUUGCGCAUUUCCGCCGCUCCAGAGCUAUGGGUGUCUUGUUAAACGAGGAGUUGUUGUGUAAUAUUCUUAUAGGCCUCGGCCGCAGUGGUUCACUCACACAUAUACGGAGUAUUGUCCUAAAGAAGGGACUUGGAAUUGGCCUUCUUGAGGACAAAGAGACAGGUGUUUUCUCCAUAAUCGGCCGAAAGAGAUACCGGACUGGUAACCCGAGAGCUCCUACCGAGCGCUUCCUCAACGCCAUGGUCGAAGCGUUCGGGUGCAUGUCUCGCAUUCGUCUUUGUCUCGAUCUGAUAAUACAUACAUCAGAUGUCUACCACAUCCCAAUACCGCAUGAGACGUGGAACAAUCUCUUCAACUGGGCCUAUGUUUGCUCGACCAAGUCAAAUCAAGCUCAACGAAGAAUGCUGGAAAGCUUUCCCCGUUCUGCGUUGGUAGAUGCCCAGCUUGUUACUGAAGUCUGGGAGACCAUGACCUCUAAGCCUUACAAUGUCAUACCUACUUUCGAGAGCUAUAUCGCUCGUAUCAAAGUGCUUAUAUUUCAAGGCAGGUUUGGCGCAGCGAGGGAGAUGAUUCGUGACCAUGCCAUAAAGCAUUACCGCCAUCUUGAGAAAGAGCAUCAGCAAGUUGUAUUCGAUGAGGUCCUUCAAGAAGUUGCCCAUGUAAGCCAUCGACGCCUUACAAUCGAAACCCAGAAGGAACAUGCCUGGUACGCGAUUCAAGAGUGUGUUCACCGUUUCCUCAGCGACGUUACGGACAAUGCCAAGCGACGUAAAAGGAGAUACUCACAGACCGUCAUACCCAACAUCAUCUUGGAGUUCAGUGAGUUCAUCAACGAACAGAUACGCUAUCGCACCGCUCAAGGAUAUGUGUGUCUCGAGCGCAGUGUACAACCAUGUCGAUUCGGGUGGGUCAAGAAGAAACGCCAGACGCUGCCUCAGCUCAAGGGCGGCUUGGAAACUCAGAUGCUGGUAAUAAAUGGCAAGAUUGAUGACGCGGAAACAUUCGAGGAUCGCCUUGAGAACUGGCCCAGGGACGAGACCAUCAAUGUGCGACAGUGGAAACGUGUACCCACCCCCAGGCCUCGCGUCGAAGGUGCACCGCCUGAGUCGACAGAUGUGAAUGCGAGAGAGUGGUGGAAAACCUUGGCGGGUGAGUUAGUGAGGUAG